AUGCCCCAGGCUACUCUUCUUUCGUAUUUCUCCAAACCGGUGACUCCGGCGCUCUCCAUCCCGCCAACUGUUACAGAGGACCACGACGCGUGUCUGCACGUGUCCGCGAGCCGCGGGCUGGGGAUCAUCGAAGCAGCACGAAUCCAAGCGUCUCAGAGGACGACCAGUCCACCUGUCCGCACUUUGAAAGCCGAAGAAGGCCAGGUCAACAGCAGAAGCUCUGCCACUGUCGCUCGAGAGCCAACACGGGUAAUCCUGGAAGCCAAGGAGCCAUCAAGUGACCACCUACAGCAAUUCGAUGUCAUCACCAUUCCCCGUCUUCCGGAAGCUCUUGUUGCACGUGUUUCAGAACAGCACCUUGCUGCAAUUCAGCGUCUUACAGCCACGACCCUGCCUGUUCGGUACAGCGAUGCAUUCUUCACCACAACGGUGACAGAUCCAAUCGUCAAUCAAUUGUCUCGCACCAUCCUAUACGCGUCGCAGCCCGUUGGCUGGAUUCGCUGCCGCUUAGAACCAUGCUCGCCAAAUAGCUCUCUCAUCUCUCAGUUGCACCCUCCACCUUCUCAGAUCUAUAUCCAAGCUCUCACUCUCCUCUCGCCAUACCGUGGUCUCGGCCUCGCAACACUACUCUUGGACACUGUCUUGUCUUCGACUAGGGCUCAAGCUGCGGACACAGUAUGCAUAUUCGCACACGUAUGGGAGAAGAACGAGGAAGCCUUGGAGUGGUAUGCCAAACGCGGCUUCAAGCGUGUCAUGCUUGUCGACCAAUAUUACAGAAAGCUGCGACCGAGCGGUGCUUGGAUUGUUAGGAAGGAGCUUGACAGACCCUGA